AAGAAAGAAAAGGCCUUCUUAGCGUGCUCUAAAGCUACACCGUGGCUAAACUGCACCCUAUUUUUUUUUUUUUUUUCUUCCGGUCUUUGGCGAUCCUGAACGCCGCGCGCGCAGCGAAGUUGGGCUACUUGAGCCGCCCUCGACGGAGACGUGACGACGCGCGGAGCAAUCCGACAGAUAAGCAGCAAGGUAAGAAGAGCCGCGGCGCGAAAGGAGAGAAAUAACCAAAUAAAAAUACAAGAAACGCGAUCAAAUGAGGAAAGAGAACGAGCGAAAGAGAAAAGCUCGAACGUUAAAGGCUGUAGCCGUCGUCGCGACCAGCCGCCCGCCCCGCGGAACCGCCUCGCGACAAAAUAACGCGUCGUGUAAUCUCCCCUCGGUGUGUAACGCAAGCUCGGCUUUCGGACCCGCAUUUCGACACCCUAAGCCGCAGCGAGCGGAGGGAAGCCCGAGAGAGAGAGAGUGUGUGUUUGAAAGAGACUUGGCGUUCGGCAGCCGACGGCCACAGCUGACGUUGGACGCCGCGCGGGCGGCCACCACCAUCGCAGGUAAAAGCGCGACGGUGUCCAGCAGGCUGCCCCAGCUCUAUAUAGGGACUGGUGACCGCGUCGUCGCCCAGCCAUGGCGGCUGGCUAUAACGCGGCCAUGCGCAAGAGCGGGGUGGACUCUGCCCGCAGCUGGGUGGUGGCGGUCAGCUGCUGCUGGAUCAACUUCUUCUCGGCCCUCAUGUACAAGUCGAGCGGCGUCGUCUACAUGGGCGUGCUGCAGACGCUCAACGUGUCCCGGGAGGAGGCCUCGUGGCCGCUCACGCUGCUCGCCGUGUUCAUCUUUACGACCGCUCCCGUUGCAGGCGUUCUCGCCCUGUACAUCGACAUCUGGAAAAUCUCGCUGUGCGGAUGCCUCCUCUCGUCGAUCUCGGUGUGCCUCUGUUUCUGGGCCAACAGUGUGAUCCACCUCACUGUCUGCCUGGGUGUCGUGCAAGGUUUCGCUCUCGGUCUGCUCACCCUGCACAACGUGAUCAUCAAUCAGCACUUCGAGAAGCACCGGGCCACGGCUUCCGGGAUCAGUUACGCGGGUCCCACAUUCGCCUCCAUCGUUUACCCUCCGCUCGUCCAGCUAUUGUUCGAGCAGUACGGACUGCGCGGCUCGCUGCUGCUCUUCGGCGGCAUCAUGAUGCACGCCACGGCCGGUGCCUUCUUGCAAAUGGAGCCGAACCCGCGGAAGACGUCGUCGUCGUACAGGGUCGUUCCGCGAGACCCUUUGCCGGAAGACACCGAUAAACUCAAGGACGAAGAAACGCCGGCACUGAAUCCACCCGACUGCGGUGCCUACUUCCAGCAUGGCACCUCGGCGCCGGACACGACCGUACGGCUGGAGACCGGUUGGAGGCAUCUCGCGGGCGUCCCGAACAUCCAACGCAACGUGUCGGUGCUACUGGAGCCCAUGUUCUACCUGAUCUGCGCCUCGUUCGCCUCGGUGCUGUUCACCAUGACCACGUACCUGACCGUCGUGGUAGACUUCGCCGUGGACUACGGCGUGUCUCGCAUCAACGCCGUGCUGCUCAUCUCGGCCUACUCGAUGGCCGACCUGGUGGCCCGCCUGGGCUCCGGCUGGAUUUCGGACCGCGGUUUCGUGAGCCGGGGCAACAUGAUGGCCCUGAAUUUUCUCGUGGGUGGCCUGUCGCUGUUCGCCAUGCCCGUGUUCACAACGUACUCCGGGCAGGUGGCCAUGGCCGUGGUGUACGGCUGGGCCACGGGCUGCACCAUGAUCCUGGUGUCGGUGCUGCUCACCGAGCACAUCGGGCUGGACCGGCUGCCGGUCUCCUUCGGUGUCACGUCGUUCGUUGCGGGGGCGCUGUGCCUUUCCAGGCCUCCGCUCAUCGGUCACUACCGAGACGGGUCCGGCAACUACGAGGGCCUCUUCCACGUCGUCGGCGGCUUCUCGCUCUCUCUAGCGCUUCUCUGGUUCGUCGCCACCACAGCGCUCAGAUUCCGGCACCGGCGGAAGUGACGUGCAGGAAACCGUUUCUUGCAUUUGAUGAUAAAGCCCCUGGAGGGGCUUUAUUUGAUAACGGUCCGAAGUGUCACGUACCUGCAUGACCCCGGCAUCCUGAAAAACGCGCGUGUUCGUUAUCUGGCAUCCAGCAGACGCAACAUGGCGUGUGGGAUUGAACGUUCCGAGUGUGCCUUGUCGGUGCUGCCUAUGAACUCUGUUUUAUUCCUACGUCACGAGUCCCGCUUGUGUCUCGGCGUGCCAUGUGCGAUGAACUUGAGACGAGAGAAGUACGUGAUACACGGCUGUGAUUUAAGGGAAACGAGAAGAAAGGUGCCAUAUACUUAUUUCUGCGUUGCAUCUGCUACGAGUAGGUGCGGACUUAUUUGUUGUUGUUGUGUUGAAGCAGCAGCGCGUUGUAAUGCGAGUAGCAAGUCGGUGUCUUCUCCACUCGCAGUGGAAUAGACUCAAGUUAAUCGAACUCGCGACUGUGCGCAAGUCGACUAUCUGUUAUUGUUUAGUUUUUAAUUUACUGUGACGUUACUAUCGUGACCCUUGCCGUUGGGACAAAGGUGACGCUGUCUCUAAAACUUGUGAACUGCAUAAGAAACGAAUGUUUCUCUCCUUCAUGUUACCGGGGCGUCAUUCUCGCCAAGGUAAAAUGUACCGCGUACUGUUUUUUCAAAAUUUUCAGAACCAUCGAGCGAAGUGACAAGAGCAGUCGCAAAGCCAAGCUCAAGGUGGAGAAAUGAACACUUUAAUUACCUCUACUUUCGGACCGUUGCAGCCUAUCGCUUUGCAGCACAUACGGGUCCACAGUACACUUAC